AUGGCCCGGCCCCCGAGCGACAUCUGCCCUAUGGCGCACUUGAACCUGGGCACCUUGUUGGCCUCUCGAGGUCGGAUCCAGGAGGCGGAAGAAGUCCUAAUCCGGUGCUCCCAGCUGGACGGGUCGGCGGUGAAGGACCCGAGGACACACGAGUCGACGAGGGUAUCCUCUCUGGUCCACCUCGGCAGGAUUUACGCCGAUAGGGGAGACCACGCCAAGGCUGUGCAAGUAUAUUCCCAGGCUGUGGCCAUCAAGCCGAAGGAUUACCAGCCACAGAGAGAAGGAAUAGCAAUAGAAUUAAGACGGUUGGAUCGUUCAGCGGACGAAAACACAUCACGCCAGAGAUCCAACACUAGUUAUAUGGAUACACUAGAAUAA